AUGGUGAGAGCUGUUACCUUAAAUGACUUGGAUCAAAGGGAAAGAAGCAUGCAUCCCACCAUAAAUUACCAAAAUGUACGAAAUCAAAUUACUAUUGAUGAUAUUAAAGGGUUCAUAUUUGUCGGAUUCUCAUAUAAAACAUUCAUUUUCGCAAUAAUUGUCAUUCAAAUAAUUGGAUUCAUUGUCGAAUUAUCAGUCGAUCUAAGUGGAUUACAUGUUAUUACUCCAAUUGGUAAUGAUACAUUGGAGGCUUUGGGUGGUUUGAGUUGGCCAUUGAUAAAGAAGUACCACUUUCAUCGAUUCAUUCUCGCUCCCUUUUACAAUUACACGUUGUUUGGCCUCAUUGGCUCAAUAUUAUUGCAUGCUUUUUCAGGUUUUAGGCUUGAGUACGAAAUGAAGAAGAUCCAAUUUAUCUUUUUAUAUAUGAUCAGUGGGAUCCUAGCUAUGUGCUGUACUGGCAUCUAUAACUACAAAGAUGUUAUAGUUGGUUCCUAUUAUCAUGGUUGUGCAAUAAUUGGAGCAAUUCUAGGCAAUGUUAUUUCUAAGGGUAAUAUAGGAGAGAAUAAGGAAAUGAUUAUCGUCCAAAUUGUAUUUUUUAUUGUAUUCAUCGUCAGUUUGUUAAUUCCAACGAAUGGAGUUUUUAGAGUUGGUGAAUUAGGUGGUUUUCUUUCAGGCACAAUCAUCUAUUUGUAUUUUAUGUUUAAAGAGGGUCAUAAAAAUAAGUAUAUGAUUGGUGUAUUAGUAAUGUCUAUCUGUGCUUUAGGUAUAUUGAUUUGUUAUUCAAUGAUAAUUAUAUUUACCACAAAUAAGUAA